AUGGACUCGUCACCGCCAACAUCGCAGCGUAGCCACACUUAUCCGGCGAUAGUUUCUUUCAUUGCCGCGCACCAGGAUCUACCUCGCACACUGUCGGGCCAAAAUCGCUCAGCAACCACACGGUCUUGUGGCUACCACCUCGCAAUUGGAUCAGCAAUCCUCCUCCACACGGCCACCGCUACCGCACUUGGUGGAAGCUCCCAUCACGGCAAUCUCACUGCCAUCACAAGUUAUGGCAUGAUCUUGGAACAACUUCAUAUGUUCCCUCAUUUGCCACCACGCUCGACUAACGCUUCCCGCGUACACCUCAAACGAAACCCUAGCUCGUGUGCAAUUGGGCUCCACACAAUUCUCUCAUCCCAAUUCACGAAGUCAAGUAGACCUUAG